UGCCCGGAAGACAAGUCCCGUGAUGUCUCCCUCACUACGCCUCGAAGCUAUAAAGUUCGGGUUCGUUCAUGGCUCUAAUCAUUAUGUAAAUGAUCCAGCACAUCACCGAUCAUCGUCAGCACCACCAUCAUCACCAUCAUCAUCAUCUCCGGUGACCGCGUGACAAUGGGCAGCACGCUGGUCUCACCCGCUCUGAUGCUGCUCCUACUGCUGCUGCUGCUGCCGGUGCCAGCGGUGCUCGCUCAGAGUGCUCUCCCAGGUCCGGAGAACAACUCCUCUUGCGACGGAGCAUGCACGGCAGAGAACAAUGGAACCUUCAACCAAAACAUGGCCAUCGGAUUUACAGCUGCAGCGAUAACAAGCCUCUUCUAUGGGAGCAACUUUGUUCCUGUGAAGAAGUUUGACACUGGUGAUGGGAUGUUCUUUCAGUGGGCGAUGUGCACCUCCAUCUGGCUGGUGGGACUGGUGUCAAAUUUCAUUCAGCACUGCCCAGAGUUUUGGCCACUCGCUAUGCUGGGUGGAUUCCUCUGGGCCACAGGCAACAUUGCUACAGUUCCAGUAAUAAAGACGAUCGGCCUUGGACUCGGAUUUCUCAUCUGGACUUCAUCCAACCUCAUCGUGGGCUGGGCCAGUUCAAGGUUUGGUUGGUUUGGCUUGGACCCAGAAGUUGUUCCAAAUACAACACUCAACUAUGUUGGCACAGCACUGUCAAUUAUAAGGUCAUUUAUACUUUUGUUUGUGACAACUGAAGUGAACAACCAAAGUACAGAAGUGAGAGAAAACCAUAACAACAUUGUGAACUCCACCGAGGAAUUAGUAGACAUUGGAUAUGAAGAGUCUCCUUCUGAUGAAUCGUGGACGGACAAGCUGAGCCCAUUGAAUAAAAAGAUUGUCGGUUGUUCUCUUGCUCUUGUGGCCGGCGUUUUCUACGGUGCCAACUUUAUUCCUGCCAUCUACAUCAAGAACCACGGCAAGGACAAGAGCUCCAUCUACUAUGGAUCAAGCCAGUUUGACCUGGACUACGUCUUUGCCCACUUCUGCGGAAUAUAUCUGACAAGCAUAUUGUACUUCUACGUAUACUGCGCUGCGAUGAAAAACCGUCCAAAGGUCUAUCCGAAAGCUGUGCUGCCAGCCGUGGCCUCUGGUGCAAUGUGGGGUACUGCCACCUGCGGCUGGUUCCUUGCGAACACCCACCUGGGUGCAGCUGUCAGCUUUCCCAUCAUCACCUCGAUCCCCGGUAUUAUUGCUACACUAUGGGGAGUUGUUGUCUUCAAGGAAAUAAAGGGCAUGAAGAACCUGAUUAUUGUCGGGGUGGCCUUGAUCGUGACGAUAGCUGGGGCUAUCACAACCGGCCUUUCGCUGCUUUAACCCAAACAUUUCCAAUAAAGUCGUUAUGAUGCAUUUCAUGUGAUUACUCAAAUCAACGCUCAUGUAGAAAUUUGAAGGAACCCUUCUUUAACAAUGUGGAUGCAACCAGCACAUGUGUUGCUUUGCCAAUUGAUAUAUCAGGUAUUUAGAAAAUAUAUUUUAUAAUUGGAACCCUUUAUCAAUCCAGUGGUGAAUGAAGUCCUCCUAACGCCAUGUUAAUCGUGGUGGUUUAACCAUACUUCGUCACACUAGUCAGUGAAGGUUGAUGAAAGGGGUGGAGGGGGGACCUGGGCCGACUCGGAUAUCAGUCGCCACCAAUGGUAACCAUAGCCGGGAGUCGAACUCGGGUAGCCAGGCUCACCACCACGCUCCCAGGAGUAACAUUUCAAUAAUUAAGUAAUGAGGAUGAAUUUCGAUUUAAAGCUUUCGUGACUGCAGGGAUUCAUCUUCUUGGUUCUUUCGGUAAAGUCACGUAGAAGGGAAAUA